UUCACGAUAGCACCCCGACAGUUGCGUUCUUCGUUCGUGGCAUCGCCAAUCCUUGGAUGUGUGGGGUUCUUUCAGCCCAAGCGUGGCACUGGCUGAAAUUCCAUGGCCCGCCGGGUUUAUGGCCCCAGCCGCAGCCGCAGCUGUGACAGAGGUUCCGGUCCCACUGGUGGUGGGCUUCGUGGAUGGAGCGACAGCGAAGAUGAUGGUAAGUACCAAUUGAAGACACCUGCGAAUCUGGUCUCUGCUUCUGGCUGGAAGCAGGUCAACCUGAAAAAAAAGCAAGCUCGCGGCUUCGCAGGAGAUCUUCUUGCGUCCUGCCCCAGUCAUCUCCACUGUCCGACUUUCUCCAGGUCCAGGUGCUUUAGGCUAUGCAGAGGAAGAGGCCCAAGGUGACAAGCCGCAGAACGCCGCUCUUACUGCCAAGAAGGUGGCCGACUUGACACCGCGAGCAGCAACCAAGGAUCUAGAUGUGGUGGAAGAGCCACAAGAGAAGGUGCUUAGAAUCCGAAAAAAGAAGCAGCCCGAAAAGACCAGCGCGCAGGAGGACACUCCUGGAACAGAACAGCGGCCAAGGGGCCAAGGUGGCCAAGAUCAAGCUGACGUCAGGAAAGGCAAUGAAUCAGAGAGACUCCAACGGGCCGGAAAGCUCAAAGCUGCCAAUCAUGUCAGCAGUCAGGAUGGCAAGCGUCGCCCUGAAGCUCCACUUGACCCACCAGAAGACACAUUCCACGGGCAGCAACAAAACGAAAACCCACCAGAAAAGAUUCGCGAUGCGAAGGAGCGAGGUGUCCGUUCGGACAGACAUCGAGAAGAGGAUCGAGGUGGACCUGAGAGGGAGGAGCCGGAGGACAGGGAACCCAAAAGACGAGAAGAGCAUUUGAGUAGACACCGUUUGGAGACUCGAAGGCCGGAUCAGGAUGACAAAGAGCGGCCCCAUGUGAGAGAUCAACGAGAAGAUGACAUAAGUAGACGGGAUGGUAGGGAUCGAAGGGACCUGCAACCAAGUGACAGAGACCGGAGGCGGGAUGGAGAUCGACAUCAAAGAGAGCCUGAGAGAGAUCAGAAGGAACGGCCAGGGGACAAAGAGAGGAGAGAUGAUCGUGACAGGAAAGAGGAUCCAAGUGAUAGGAACGAUAGGAGAAGAGAUGAAAGACGACGGGAUGAGCCAGACCGCCGGGAUGACAGAGAUAGGGGGAAUGAGCGGAGAGAUGGCAGGGAUAGGGACGAUAGAAGAGACGACAGAAGAAGAGAGGAUAGAAGAGACGACAGAGGAAGAGAAGAUAGAAGGGAGGACAGAGGAAAAGAGGAUAGACAUGAUAGACGUAUUGAAUACAGAGAUGCCAGAGAUCGCAGAGAUGGGCGGGACAGAGAUGGGCGCUUUGAUCGUGAGCGUCGAGAAGGCGACCGUCGUGGUGACAGAGAUAGACACGAAGACAGAGAUCGGCGCGAUGUGGAAAAUCGAGAUGACCGACGUGGAGUUAGACACAGGGACCACCAUGGACACGACGGGGAACGGCGACGAGAAAGAGGGAAAGAAAGGGAUCGAAGCCGAGACCGAUGAGAGGAUUUAGUGCUGACUGGCGUAGGGAUCUUGACAGGAAUGGCGGCUUGAAAGAUGGCCCUGAGACAGGAUUUCGAGAUACUUCAUCCCUCCCCGCCAGACACUUCACUUCCCAUUCCUGGAGAAAAGGCUGCGUGGUGUGAGGUUCUGGCUGCCAAGAGCAUGUUUCAAAG